GGCAGUUGUAAUGGAUCGCAGGCAUCAGUCGCACCACCCUCCCCAUCUUUCCCAUUUCCGAAUCCAGCCAUGGAAGCGUCUCUGUGCGCAUUCCCCUCUCCAAGACAGACUCUUCCUCUCUCCUCCCAAACCCUCGGUGCGCCCACACACCUACCAAGAGUCGGUGCGCCCUCUCUCCUAAAAUUCCCCAACAGAAGAAGAAGAACAUCAAUCCCUCGCGCUGCAAUCAGCCGCACCAAAAAAGAAGAAACGGUGGAAACCGUGAAGAGCCAGCUCGAGAAUUGUUUCCUCAUCGCGGCCAUCAAUUACAAAGGCCUGACCGUCAAGCAAUUCCAGGAUCUGCGAAGCACACUGCCUGACACCGUAAGGCUCGUUGUUGCUAAGAACACGCUCGUUGGAAAGGCUAUCGAGGGAACUCCAUGGGAAGCCCUCAAACCCUGCAUGAAAGGGAUGAAUGCCUGGCUCUUCGUCCACACCGAGGAGAUUCCCGGUGCCAUCAAGCCCUACCGUGAUUUCCAGCGGGAGAAGCGCCUCGAAGAAAAUGACUUUACUGGUGCUGUCUUUGAUGGCAAGUUCUACGCCCCUGCUGAUUUCAAAGCCCUGGAGACAAUGCCGACGCGGGCGGAGGUCUAUGCUAAGCUCCUCGGGGCAUUGCAGAACCCUGCUGUGUCGUUGGUCAGCACGCUGCAGGCGCCGGCCAGGGAUCUUGUGCUCACACUGAAAGCGUAUGUGAGCAAGUUGGAAGAGCAGGGCGGCGGAAGCAGUUAGAUAUUAUUCUUUGCUGCCGCCACAACAGUUGCAGUGGCAGCAAUGAACCCAAGUAACCAAUCAAUCAAAAACCCUGAUCUGACCAUGACCUCUUUUUGUGGGUGGUAGGGUGCAUUCAGUCCCAAGGUAAUUUGGGCCACUUUACAUGCUCCAACUCAAGGCUUCUUGAAGUACUACUUCAGAAAACGAAAGGUUAUUGGGUUGUUUUUCAGUCUCCUGCUUGGUAGAUGAGCUGGUAGAGACAGUGUAGUGUAUGAGUGAUCCAGCAUUCAAUCCCUGGUAGUGUUACCUUCCGUUCAAUCCCUGGUAUUGUUACCUUUCAAAAACAGAAGAAGAAGAAGAAGAAGAAAUGUACAAAAACAACUCUAUUGCAAUGUUUAAAGUACUGGAGUGGGUUUCAAAUA